AUGGACAGACAGCUCUUGCUGAUCUUUUCCACAGACCCGGAGGAUGUGCUGAGUGUGAGCAUUCCUUUGGAGGAGCCACAGCGUCCUCUACUAGGGGCAACGUUGCUACUACCGUGUUACUUCGAGGACCACACUGUCCCAGACCCCGGAGCUCCCACCAUUGCUCCACUCGCUCAUCGCAUCAAAUGGAGCCUCGUCACCAAAGAAAAAGUCACGACUAUCCUGGUGGCCUUGGAAGGACAGGUGCGUAUCAGCGAGAGCUACCUGGACAGAGUUCAUCUGGUCGGCUACCCCAUGACUUCUACGGAUGCUAGCAUCAAGAUAUCUGAGUUGCGGUCCAAUGACACGGGAGUCUACCGCUGUGAGGUCCAGCACGGCAUCGAGGACAACCACGACAUCGUCCAUGUGCAGGUUCAAGGUAUGGUGUUCCACUACAGGGCCAUCAUGGGACGCUACACUUUGACUUUUGAAAAGGCGAAAACAGCAUGCACCCAGAACAGUGCGGUCAUGGCUUCACCUGAACAGCUUCAAGCGGCCUACGAUGGUGGAUUCCACCAGUGUGAUGCUGGCUGGCUCUCUGACCAGACAGUCAGGUACCCGAUCCAUGAUCCUCGUGUGAACUGCUAUGGUGACAAAGAGGAGCUGCCUGGCGUCAGGACAUAUGGAGUGAGAGAUCUCAAUGAGACUUAUGAUGUCUACUGCUUCACUGAGAAAAUGACAGGCAGAGUUUUCUACACCGCUGCUGCAGAAAAGUUCACCUUCAACGAGGCUGUGGUGGCAUGCUCCAAUCAGGGAGCUCAGUUGGCCACUACUGGUCAACUCUACCUGGCCUGGCAGGGUGGGAUGGAUGUCUGUAAUGCCGGCUGGCUGGGAGACAGGAGCGUCCGCUACCCCAUCAACAUUCGUCGGCCGCAGUGUGGAGGGGGUCUGCUGGGGGUCCGAACUGUUUACCUCCACACAAACCAGACAGGAUACCCACUUCCUGAGUCCCGUUACGACGCCUUCUGCUACACCGAGUCCCCUGAUGAGGAAGGUUCAGGCAUCACAGAAGAGGGAAGUGGCGUGCUGAGUGUUACCACGGUGACACAGAGCCCAGAGGUGUUCUUCAGGAGGACGACCACAGAGAGCGAGGCGAUCGGAGAGCUGGAGACUCAGCAGCCUACCGUAGUGGACUUCACCUUCACAGAGAGCCCUACUUGGCUGCCGCUACCUCAGCCGCCCAACAUCACUGAGUUCAUCACUGACCUGAUAGAGGCGGCCACCACCCGGCCCGACACAGGCCGAGAGCCCAGCAAAGGCUUUGUGAUGCCUCCAACGGGUGUGGUCUUCCAUUAUCGCUCAGGCUCCAGCCGCUAUGCCUUCACCUUCGUUGAGGCCCAGCUCGCCUGCCAGAGUGUCGGAGCCUCCAUGGCCACGCCGGAGCAGCUGCAGGCAGCAUACGAGGCUGGAUAUCACCAGUGUGAUGCAGGAUGGUUACUGGACCAGACUGUCAGGUAUCCCAUUGUUUUCCCUCGACAUAAGUGUGCUGGAGAUCUGUGGGAUCAACCUGGAGUUCGGUCAUAUGGUUUGAGGCCAGCAGAUGAGAGAUAUGAUGUGUACUGCUACAUUGAUGGGCUCAAAGGAGAGGUUUUCCAUGUGGGCUCCGCUGAGGGUUUCACAUAUGAUGAGGCUGCUUCUAGCUGUCAAGAACAGAACGCCAUACUGGCCUCCACUGGAGAGCUAUACACAGCGUGGAAAAUGGGUUUCGACAAGUGCCGUGCUGGCUGGCUAUUGGAUCGUAGCGUCCGUUAUCCCAUCAACAACCCCCGCACUGAGUGUGGAGCUGGGAAAUCAGGAGUACACACUGUGUACGCUCACGGCAACCAGACAAGCUAUCCUGAAGUUGAUGCCAGAUUUGAUGCAUACUGUUUCAGAGCGGAUAUUCUACUUAUUGCAAAUGAAACUGGACUGAACAUCACAGAUAUCCAGGAGGCUCUGCUUAACCUAACAUCAAUUACUGAUCUGCUGAGGCCUGCUGUUCCUUCCAUCGUCUCUCCCAUCCCUGUGGAUACUUCAGGCUCUGGCUCAGGCUCAGCAGAAUUCGGCUCAGGGUCUGGGGUUGACAGUGCCUCUGGGGGUUACUCUGGAGACUUGUCUGGUUCUGGAGACCGGAUAACCAGUGGAGAUCUGUCUGGAUCUGGAGACCAGGUAACCAGUGGAGAUCUGUCUGAAUCUGGAGACCAGGUAACCAGUGGAGAUCUGUCUGGAUCCGGAGACCGGGUAACCAGUGGAGAUGUGUCUGGAUCUGGAGAUCUGUCUUGUUCUGGAGACAGGGUAAUCUCUGGAGAUCUGUCUGGUUCUGGAGACUUGUCUGGUUCUGGAGACUUGUCUGGUUCUGGAGACAGGGUAAUCUCUGGAGAUCUGUCUAGUUCUGGAGAUCAAUUCACCUCUGGAGAAUCAUCUGGUUCUGGAGACCUGGCCGGCAGUGCCAGUGCCGAGCUACCCAGUGGAGCGUCAGGCUUCAGCAGUGCAGAUGCUUCUGGAUCAGCUCUCAGUGGAGAAGGAUCCGGCAUCACUGUUGUUUUUUCGGGCAUCGACAGCAUCGUCUCUGGAGAGGGCUCAGUUUCAGGAGAACUCCAAGAAGCUGGAGAGGGAAGCACAGGGAUGUUUAUCUUCCCUUCAUCUGAAUCAGGCUCUGGAGUGCUUAGUGGAAGCGGGGACCUCUCUGAAUUUGGAUCUGGAUCUGGAUUCAACCCUGCACAGAGUGGAUCUUCCAGCUCUGCAAGUGGACAGUUCUCUGGCAUGCCGUCCGGUUUCAUCACCAACCAGGACUUUUCUGGAUUCAGUGGUUUACCAUCAGGAUUCUCCUCUGGAAGUGCUAGUGGACAGUCAGGAGAGCUUUCAGGAAGUGGAGACAUUCCGAUUUUACUGAUAGAUCCUGAACUGUUUGAUGCAUCCACCCCUAUUACUAACAAGGAGUAUGAGCUUAGUGGAGGCCCAGUGUUAAUUAGUUGCUUUGGAGACAUUUCAGGAUCUGGGAUUCACAGUGGUUCGGCCUCUGGAAGUGGCUCUGGGUUCUUCUCGGGUGUGACCUUUGUGGGAUCAGGGUUCACUGACAUGACAGUGUCAUCCUCUGGAGAGCAGGAGGCCUCAGGGUUUUUACUCCACAGCUCUGGACAGGAAAGUGGUGGACAUUUGUAUUCUGGAUUUGGAAGCUCAGGUUUCCUCUCUGGGUCUGGAUCGGGAAUGUCUGGAUCAGGAAUGUCUGAAUCAGGAAUGUCUGGAUCUGAGUCCUCAACAAGCGGAGAAGAAGGCAGUGUUACAUUUUUGACUGGGGAUUUUUUGACAGAGGUAUCCGGAAACGCUACACUGUCUAUGGAGCUUGGACAGGGGUCAGUGGAGUACAGCGGAGAAGGAAGCAGUAGCAGCAGUGGCUUCUACUCCGGCAGCGGAGACACCCGCUUGUCCGCAGCCAGUGGCACUUUUUCAGGGGCUUCCUCUGGUGAUGUGCCACAGGUGGUGGUGCUGCCCUCUCCAUCCAGACUGGCUGCUCCUCCCACCGCAACUCCACCAGCCUCUGUGCAGGCACCAAGCGAUGGUAAAGAAACAGAUUCAGUGGAGGGUGGUUUUAACCCAUGUGAACCCAACCACUGUGGAGCUGCUUCAUGCACCGUAGAGGACGGGGUUGCUCUCUGCCAUGAGGUUGAUGUGUGCCAUCCCAACCCUUGUGCCAAUGGAGCCACCUGUGUGGAGAGCGCAGACUCUUACAAAUGCUUAUGCCUGCCCAGCUACGGAGGGGAACACUGUGAGAUCGAUGAGCAGCAGUGUGAAGACGGUUGGACUAAGUUUCAGGGUAGCUGCUACCUGCACUUCUCUGACAGAGAGGUGUGGCUGGACGCAGAGCAGCGCUGCCGGGACCUGAACGCCCACCUGGUCAGCAUCAUCACCCCAGAGGAGCAGGACUUUGUCAACUCAAACGCACAGGACUACCAGUGGAUUGGGCUGAAUGACAAGACAGUUGAGAAUGACUUCCGCUGGACAGAUGGCACUCCACUGCAAUUCGAGAACUGGAGGCCAAACCAGCCAGAUAAUUACUUCAACUCUGGAGAAGACUGUGUGGUGAUGAUCUGGCAUGAGAACGGCCAGUGGAACGACGUGCCAUGCAACUACCACCUGCCGUUCACCUGCAAGAAAGGCCCAGCGUCCUGUGGGGCCCCGCCGGAGGUGGAGAAUGCCCACAUGUUUGGUAACAGGAGGGAGGAAUACCCUGUCAACGCCAUCAUCCGGUAUCAGUGCAACCCAGGCUUUACCCAGCGCCACCCUCCCGUGGUUCGCUGUAAAGCAGACGGACAGUGGGAGAAACCCCAAGUGGAAUGUACUGACGUGAAAGCCAGAAAAAGGAUACAGCGGAGGAGCAGCAGGAGUCUAGCAGCCAGCACCAAGCUUCACUAAAGAGGGGGGGAAAAAAAGAAAAAAGGAAUUAACUAUUUAAGAACAUUUGCAGCACACGAAAUUUUCCAUUUUAGUGAAGAUGAUUCGAAGCGUUAAAUUGU